AUGGCAUCCAAACUUAUCCUGGUCACAGGUGCCAACAGCGGCAUAGGCUUCCAGAUCGUAAGAGCACUAUACGACUCCAAGCAAGCAUACAACAUCCUAGUUGGUGGAAGGUCGCUAGAAAAGGCACAAGUCAGCUCUUCCAUUCAGAUCGACAUUGAGAAUGACGCUUCAAUCCAAUCCGCGUUCACUGAGGUACAGUCGAAGUUUGGAAAACUCGAUGCUUUGAUAAACAAUGCCGGGGCCCAGUUCGAUAGAUCGCUCGCUGCAGGCAACUUAACUGUGCAAGAAGCAUGGAACCAGUCAUGGAAUGUCAAUACCGUUGGCACACAAGUCCUUACAUCCACUUUCAUGCCACUCUUGCUCCAGAGUCCUGACCCACGUCUUCUAUUUCUAACGUCGGGGACGUCCACACUCGAUAACACUGCGCUAACUGCAAACCAUAAUCCACCGAAUGGCUGGCCCAAGUCAGGGAUUAGUUUUGCGGCAUACCGCAGCGCCAAGUGCGGGCUGAACAUGCUGAUGAGGGAAUGGUACCGCAUGUUGAGGGAAGACGGAGUGAAAGUAUGGGCUAUUUCUCCCGGGCUUCUGGGAACUGGUAUAAGCAGGGAUCCAGAAAUCCUGGAGAUGGGGCUGGUGAUCCGGAGAUUGCGGGUCCUUUUAUUCGAGGUGUGCUAG